AUGAGUAAGUCCAGUGUUAUUUGGGAUUAUUUCCAACUUGACUCAGAUAACAUAAAUGUAAAAUGUGGUCUUUGUCGUACAACGUUAAAAAAUAAUCGUUCUUCAACAUCUAACUUAAUUAGACAUAUUAAGUCUAAACAUCCCACUGUCAACUUAUUGAAUAGAAAUACUCGUGUAUUAGAAGAGACUGUUGAUGAUCUAAAUGAUGCUCCAUCAACUUCUACUACUAAUACAAUUAUUUCAACAACUAACCUAGUGGUAAACCAAACUGAAACAUCCUUACAAAUUCCAUCUAAUGAACAUGCAAUUCGUCCUCAAAGUUCUAGAUUUGUGAAUAAUCCCAUUACUCAAUAUUUAUCUAAGCCUAUUGGUGCAUCACGCCGUAAAAUUAUAGAUCAACAAGUUCUGAAAAUGAUAGUGAAAGAAUAUUAUCCCUUCAGUAUUGUUGAAGAUAGAGAGUUUGUAAAACUUUUAAAUUUGUUAAAUCCCGGUUAUACACUUCCAUCGAGAAAAACAUUGUCGAAAUCAUUAUUACCUAUAAUGUAUAAUGAAAUACAUGAUAAAGUGAAACAAGACAUAAAAGACCAGGCAAAAUAUGUAAGCAUUACCACCGAUAGUUGGACUUCUAUUAAAAAUGAAAAUUAUAUUGCUGUCACAUGCCAUUUUAUUAAUAAUGAAUGUGAAUUAAAAUCCUAUCUUCUUUCUUGUUUCAAAAAUUCUGAAUCACACUCCUCAGAAAAUUUGAAAAAUGAUUUAUUGGCAGUCAUAAAGAAAUGGGGCUUGGAAAAUAACAUUGCAGCAUGUACAACUGACAAUGCAUAUAAUAUUGUUAAUGCUGUCAGUUUAUGUGGUUGGAGGCAUGUAGGUUGCUUUGCCCACAGUUUAAAUUUGGCAGUACAAACUGCCCUUAAGUCAAUAUCUGAAACAAGAGAUAAAGUAAGAGGAAUUGUUGGACAUUUUAAGAGAAGUCCACAGGCAGCUGAAAAACUUCGAGCUAUGCAAGAGCAAUUGGGCUUAACACCACCUCUAAUGCUCAUCCAGGACGUCGUUACACGUUGGAACUCAACGUAUGAGAUGUUUCAGCGUAUUCAGAAUCUUAAAGUUCCUCUUUCUUCCGUAUUAGUAGAGUGUAAUUAUAAUGUUUACUUGACCAAUGAAGACUGGCACAUUAUUUCCAAGUCCUGUGAAGUAUUAAAAUAUUUUAAAGAAAUUACAGUAGAAAUAAGUAGUGAAAAAUCGGUUUCUAUUUCAAAAUCUGUUGUAUUUAGUCGAGCACUUCUUAAACAUUGUAGAUACUUGGAUACACAGUUUUAUGAUUCACAACAAUUAACUAAUAUGAUAUCCAUUUUAAAACAACAAGUAGAACAGAGAUUUGGGUCAAAUGAAAAAAUACAAAUUUAUGCAGAAGCUACUGUACUCGAUCCGAGAUUUAAAAAAUAUGGAUUCUUAAAUAAUAGCUCAUUUACAGAAGCAAAAAAAAAACAUUAUUAA